GUGGGGAAGGGCUUAAAGGCUGAGUCAAAAGCCAAGAAGUCUCUUUAUUUACGCCUACCUCCCAGUCCCUGGCAAUCUGACUAAUAACAAACUGAGCUAACAAGAAAGACUAGAAAGAGCAGAGAGAACACAGAAGCAGCUUGGAUCUAAAAAUCUGACAAACCAAGUGAUCAAGUCAAGCUCUGCUGAGCAUCUUGUUUGUUUAUUGCAUCCAAAUGCUUGCAAACAGUUAACUAUAUGCAGAAAAGUCAGCAUAGCUGUGAAGUAUGCUGUGAAUUUUAAUUGAGGAAAAAGGACAACUGCUUACAGGAUGGUCUAAUGUGCACGCUGCCUGGAAGAUUUUUUCAGUCGAACUCUUUGUACUUUGUCUUCUGAACAAGGAUUUUAACUUUAUGGAGCUGUAGUAUUACCAGAGCGUGCAACAAAGUGAAACUCAGAAGAAAGUGUGCAUUUUUCACAGGGAAAAAUUACAUCGCAUUGAAACAGCUGCUCCAACUGUGCAUUACUGAGCGUUUCAGGGAGUGUUACUGCUGUACAGAAUCUGCUAGGCAAGAUGAAGCUCUGGAUUUUUAUUCUAUAUUCAGUUGUGGUUGCAUCUGAUCCCUUCCAGUCACAGCAUUCUUUUUCUUCAGUGAGAGGAUCUUGCCAGAGUUUGUGUUUCUGUGAAGAAAAGGAUGAGACCGUGAUUAUAAACUGCGAAGAAAGAGGCAUCAAGAUGGUAUCAGAAAUAAAUGUCCCACCAUCACGGCCUUUCCAUCUUAAUCUGUUAAACAAUGGCCUGACUAUGUUACACGUGAAUGAUUUUGCUGGCCUUGUGAAUGCUAUCUCUCUUCAUCUUGGUUUUAAUAAUAUUGCAGAUAUUGAGCCUGGGGCUUUCAAUGGUCUCAGCCUUCUUAAGCAACUUCAUAUCAAUCACAAUUCUUUAGAAACACUUAAAGAAGAUACAUUUAAUGGAUUGGAAAAUUUGGAGUUUCUUCAAGCAGACAACAAUUUCAUCACAGUGAUUGAAGCAAGUGCCUUUAGCAAGCUCAACAGGCUUAAAGUGCUUAUUUUGAAUGAUAAUGCCAUUGAGUAUCUUCCUCCAAACAUAUUUCGUUUUGUGCCAUUGACCCAUUUAGAUCUUCGUGGAAACCAGUUACAGACACUGCCCUAUGUUGGCUUUUUGGAACAUAUUGGUAGAAUACUAGACCUUCAGCUGGAAGACAAUAAAUGGGCCUGUAACUGUGAUUUGCUGCAGCUGAAGAUAUGGCUAGAAAACAUGCCUCCUCAGUCAAUAAUAGGUGACAUUGUAUGCAAUAGUCCUCCAGUUAUCAAAGGCAGCAUCUUAAGCCGGUUGAAAAAAGAAUCACUUUGUCCCACUCAUCCUGUCAAUGAACUUGAAGAUCCUUCAGGGUCACUGCCCUUGGUUGUAACGACCUCUAUUAGUGUUAGUCACCUAUCAACUAAGGUGAUUCCUAUCCUGAAAGCUCCUACUAAAGAACCAAGUUUAACACUUCAUACUUCAAAGCCUACUACUCAGUUUCCAGGAAUCUAUUGUCCCGUCCCCUGCCACUGCACCAGCCAUAUGCUCUCAGGAGUUCUCAUGCACUGCCAGGAGCGAAAUAUUGAAAGCUUGUCUGAUUUAGGACCCCCUCCUCCAAAUCCUAAAAAGCUUAUUCUAGCUGGAAACAUUAUUCAGACAUUACUGAAAUCAGAUCUUGUGGACUACGCCAGCCUAGAAAUGCUUCACCUGGGGAACAAUCGCAUUGAAAACCUUGAGGAAGGAUCCUUUAUGAAUCUGACUAGACUGCAGAAAUUAUAUCUUAAUGGCAAUCACCUUACAAAGUUAAGUCAAAAUCUAUUCUUUGGCCUUCAGCACCUUGAAUACUUGUACCUUGAAUAUAAUGCUAUCAAAGAAGUUUUGCCAGGGACAUUUAAUGCAAUGCCAAAACUUAAGGUCCUCUACUUAAAUAACAACCUUCUGCAGACUUUGCCACCCCAUAUCUUUUCAGGUGUUCCACUAGCCAGAUUAAAUCUGAAAACAAACCAAUUUGCUCAUUUGCCUGUGAGCAAUGUCUUGGAUGAACUGGAUAUGCUGGUACAAAUUGAACUUGAAGACAACCCCUGGGACUGUACAUGUGAUUCAGUUGGGCUGCAAAAAUGGAUACAAAAACUGAGUAAGAAUACAAUGAUGGGUGAUAUUUUUUGUAAAUCUCCAGGACACCUAGCAAAAAAAGAAUUGAAAUCUCUGAACAGUGAAGUCUUGUGUCCAGGUUUAAUAAACAGCCCUGCCCUACCAACUCAUGCCAAUUUUGUAGUUGUGACAACUUCUUCUACUACUACCAACACCGCAGACACCAUCCUGCGAUCCCUUACAGAUGCGGUCCCACUUUCUGUUCUAAUAUUAGGACUUCUAAUUGUGUUUAUAACUAUUGUAUUUUGUGCAGCAGGAAUAGUUGUUCUUGUUCUGCAUCGGCGACGAAGAUGCAAAAAGAAACAAGCGGAUGAACAAAUGAGGGAUAGUAGCCCAGUUCACCUUCAGUACAGCAUGUAUGGGCAUAAGACCACACACCACCACACAACGGAGCGCCCAGCCGCAACUCUCUAUGAGCAACGUAUGGUUACUCCCUUGGUUCAGGUCUACCGCAGCCCAUCCUUCAGCCCCAAGCAUACUGAGCAACAGGAGGAGGGAAGUGAGAAGGAAGCUAACGAUUCCAAACAUCUCCGCCGAAGUCUCCUGGAAAGAGAGAACAGUUCACCUCUUACAGGUCCAAAUGUCAAAUAUAAGGCUACAGAUCAAUCUGCUGAAUUUCUGUCUUUUCAGGAUGCCAGCUGCUUGUAUAGAAACAUUCUUGAAAAAGAGAGAGAGCUGCAGCAACUAGGGAUCACGGAAUACCUAAGAAAAAAUAUUGUCCAGCUCCAGCCUGACAUGGAAGUUCAUUAUCCUGGAACACAUGAGGAGCUGAAACUAAUGGAGACACUCAUGUACUCCAGGCCAAGAAAGGUUUUUCUAGAACAAACUAAAAAUGAGUAUUUUGAACUCAAAGCUAAUUUACAUGCUGAGCCUGACUACCUGGAAGUCCUGGAGCAGCAAACAUGAAGUUAUAAUACAUUGGGCUGGGGCCGCAUUUCUGUAAUUCUAUUUUAAGUUGAAACCAUUGUAAAUAAAAGUGCCUUAUAAUAACAUGUCGACAGUCAGAACUUAAGCACAGCAGUAAUCCUAGCAAAAAAAACUCAGGGAUCACUGUGGGAAGCCAUGGGUUUGUGUGCAGGCAAUAUGUCUCACCCCAAGUUAAACAUGAACUUUGUGUGAUUGAACUGUGGGAGGAAGAUUGCCUAUUGCAAUAUUCCUCAACAUUUUAAAAAGGUGUGUAUGGCACUCUCCAUUCUGUACCCAACCUAUGGAAAAAAUAUUUGUUACCUUUACUCUUUCUUUUUUCCCUCAGUUUAAUUAGAUUCCUUU